AUACUAUAGCGUAGAAUCCACGAUCGUGUUCCAUCGAGGUUUCGGCGUUCAAUGCCCAGGCCGAGGCCCAAUACUCGGUCCUUCCCAAAAAGAUAACAGAGAACCCUAAUGCGAGAUUGUCAAAGAUAAAAGUAAUCAACUAUGAGUUGUGUGCGUGAAUCGAGAACUUCCAAUAGAUGAAGGGCCAUAUUGAGAAAACAAGAUUCCGUGGGGCGAAACCGAAUAAAGGUUUGGAAUACCGCUAUUUCAUUCGAAUCCAUCCCCAUUCACGCGCACAACCCAUAGUUAAAUUGCACUUUCUUCGUUCUCUCUCGCCGCCGUCACGCGCUAAUUUCACACACAGUAACGAUGGUCGGAGAGGAGAAGCGGCAUCAGAUGAUGCAGAAUUUGUUCGGCGACCAAUCGGAAGAAGAGGAAGAGGAGGAGGAGGUUGAAUCCGAGCACGAGUCCAAUCGCCAACCUGAUUAUGCCUCUAUAAUUGGUGACUUUGAUGGCAUUGUGAUUUCAGCUGGGGCGAAAUCCUAAUUUCGUCCAGUUUGCUUUUCCCUUUUUUUGUUGUGAGAGAAACUGUUUUCUGGGCCAAUUUUGUUCGGUGAAUUCAUUUUUUUGUAUAUGUUGUUCAGCUGUUUUGUGGUUUAAUCGGUGUGCACUGACUUGUAAUUUUUUUAUGUGCGUGAGGAGAGUAACUCUGUUGAUGCUUCGUUCAGUUUUAUUUUUUAUUGAAACUAAGUCUACAGCUCUUUGCUAGUAUUUUUAGUAAAUACAAUUAAGAAAAGUUAUUUUCAUGUUUGAAAGAAUUGGUUUAGGGUCUGGAAAGUUAUCCGAUUUAUUUUUCAAAAUAUUUCCACUUCCACUUCCUUAACUGUAUUAUAUAAUUCAUAAUGACAAUUCUGCUAUUUUCUCCAAAAUUCCCUAUUACGUAUGUAUAGAUUACUUGUUUUUUAACAUGAUACUAUAGCGUAGAAUCCACGAUCGUGUUCCAUCGAGGUUUCGGCGUUCAAUGCCCAGGCCGAGGCCCAAUACUCGGUCCUUCCCAAAAAGAUAACAGAGAACCCUAAUGCGAGAUUGUCAAAGAUAAAAGUAAUCAACUAUGAGUUGUGUGCGUGAAUCGAGAACUUCCAAUAGAUGAAGGGCCAUAUUGAGAAAACAAGAUUCCGUGGGGCGAAACCGAAUAAAGGUUUGGAAUACCGCUAUUUCAUUCGAAUCCAUCCCCAUUCACGCGCACAACCCAUAGUUAAAUUGCACUUUCUUCGUUCUCUCUCGCCGCCGUCACGCGCUAAUUUCACACACAGUAACGAUGGUCGGAGAGGAGAAGCGGCAUCAGAUGAUGCAGAAUUUGUUCGGCGACCAAUCGGAAGAAGAGGAAGAGGAGGAGGAGGAGGUUGAAUCCGAGCACGAGUCCAAUCGCCAACCUGAUUAUGCCUCUGAUGAAGGGGAUGAAGGACCGGAUGCUGAAGGUGAAGUUGAAGGUCAAGGAGAGGCAGAAAUUGAGAGCGAGGGUGAACCUCAAGAUCUUGAUCCUUUACAAGGUGAGAGUGAGGGUGAGAGAGAUAAAAGCUCUCAGGAAUUGGAGAUAGGUAACCAAAGGGAACAAAGUCAAGAAAGGUAUUCGGAGAGUGAUGAUAAGGAGGAUUAUGACCAACGAGUUGUUACUAGUAGAAGACAUGAUGCAGUUGAAAGUGGGUCAGAACGAUCUGGAGAAAACCAUUAUGUUGCUAAUGAGGAUGACGAAGUGAAUCAGGCGAGGAGUCACAGUGUAUCUGGUGAUGAGAAAGGCGAGGAUCAGUUUUUGCAGUCAGCCCCAGAGAUCCGUGAUGUUUUUGGAGACUCUGAUGAUGAAGAACAAGCAGAACACAAAGUUCAGGAUCAGAUCGAAGAAGAUGAAAUUAGAUCCCCGAUUGAAGAAAUGGGGAAUUAUGAGAAAGAUUUGAGGCCAGAUGACAUGAUACCUGAUGAAGAUGCACCCUAUUACUCUGAAGAAGAGCAUAUUGAUGCUAGAGCUAAAGAGAAACCAGUUGGUCCCCCACUUGAGCUGGAAAUUCCUCUGCGCCCUCCUCCAUCUGAAUCUGACAAGAUGAAUAUGAUCAAAGUAUCUAAUAUAAUGGGCAUAGAUCCUACGCCAUUUGAUCCACAUACAUAUGUGGAAGAGGAUCAUUAUGAAACUGAGGAAUCUGGGUCAAAAAAGAGGAUAAGAUUGGAGAACAAUGUCAUUCGCUGGAGAAAGGUCAAGCAGCCUGAUGGCAGAACAACUAUUGAAAGCAAUGCUCGCUUCGUGGAGUGGUCAGAUGGUAGCAUGCAGCUACUCAUUGGAAACGAAGUGCUUGAUAUAUCUAAGCAAGAUGCACAGCAUGAACAGGCUCACCUUUUUAUGAGACAUGGAAGAAGCAUUUUCCAAUCCCAAGGGCGAAUUAUGAAUAAAAUGAGGUUUAUGCCGUCAUCCCUAGCUUCAAAUUCUCAUAGGCUGUUAACUGCUCUUGUUGAUUCGCGACACAAAAAGGUGUUCAAAGUAAAGAACUGCAUCACUGACAUUGACCCUGAGAGGGAGAAGGAGCAAAAAGAGAAAGCUGUUCAUCAAUCAAUUAAAGCUAAUGAACUUCUUAGCCGGAAGAAGGAGAAGGUCAAUCGUAAGUAUACACAGCCCAUCCGCCGGGAGCGCCAACUUUCUGCUGGUUUCUUAGAGGGCGCACUUGAAGAGGAGGAUGAAGAGUAUUAUGAACCACGCCGUUCUUCUGGUCGGCGUCGCUUUGAUGAUGACCUUGAAAUGGAAGCUCGAGCUGAGAAGCGCAUAAUUAAUGCAAAGAAGGGGCCAAAGGAUAUGCCUCGUAAGUCAACAUUCCAAGCUGCCAAAUCAUCUCGACGGCCAGUGGACUUCUCUGACAGUGAGAAAGAGGAAUCAGAGUAUGAAACCGAGGGGGAGGAAGAUGAAGGUUCACCACCACAUAGAAGGCAUGAGGAAGCAGAGCAAGACUAUGGGGAGGAAGAUGAAGAGCUACAACAAAGAGAGCAAGAAGAAGCCUAUGACGAAUCAGAAGAAGAAGCUGAGGAGCCAAAGCAGAAGGUUAGGGACUCCGGAGGCAGCCUCAAAAGGAAGGGUAUUGAUUCUGAUGAGGAUUCUCCUCCUAGGAAAACUACUACUCAUCGCCGGAUGAAAAUGGUGUAUGAGAGUGAUGAGGACUAAAACAGGACUUAUCGCUAUUUGAGAAAGUGAAGCUCAUCAUUCAUUUAUUGCCGCAUCUUUUCUAUAAUCUAUGCGCGACUUUCAGACGGCUCUUCCUGUUGAGAGUAAAUUUGUGGGGCAAACCACUCAUGUAUGUGCGUACUAUAUACUACAGCAUUAUUCUUUUUAUGGUUCCUGUCACUUUUUUUUCCUGCCAAAUCUUAAGCACAUUGUUGUAUGGAAUUUUUGGUUCUAAUUAUCUUUUAUAAUUGUAAAUGACUGAAGCUAUAUUUGUAUACCUUCUUGAAGUAAAUUAUGGUCCUAAAUUACAUGA